AUGAAAGAAUUGCUUAAAAUAACCAGUAUAUUGCAAAACUUAGUUUUAUUUUAUUCUCAAAAUGAACCCCAUUAUCCCCUGAUUAUGGUUUCGCUCAUGAAUUCGCUAAAGUUUUUACAACCUAUCACUGAUAGAUUAAUAAAGAUUCAAGUUUUACAUAGUGGUUGGGAGGAAGAUUUCAAAGCGCAGUUUGGGAAAUAUUCUAGUAAGUAUAAUAACAAUGACUUGCUAAGAGUUGCCACUUCCUUACUUGGAUCGACGAGUUAUAAAUUUAUUGAUCUGGAAUUUGGUAAUUCUGAUAAUGAAUCGGAAAUAAUUGUAAAAUUACUAAAUGAUUUUUUUAAGAUUGCUGAAAUGGGUGAAAUAAAUUCAAAUUUGGAGGACCAUGUCGCAAUAUUUAAUAGUAACGAUGAUGAUGGUAAUAAUAAUACCAAUUUUAAUAGUACGGCACUUGUUAAUAAUAACAUUGUUGAUAUGAAUAAUAAUACCUGUGAAAAUUUGCCUGCGAUAAAUUCAAAUUUUGAAACGAUUUAUAAAGAAUUUUUUUAUGGAACAGGCAAUAAUUAUAGUUUUAUGACUUCAAAUUCUAUAUCUGGAUGUACUUAUACUUCCAAUUCCACUUCUGAAUCCACUUCUAAUUCUACUUCUAAUUCAACUUCUAAUUCUACCUCCAAUUCUGAUUUGACUUACUCUUCUCCUAGUAACACUAAUCUGCCCAUUUCCACUAAUAGUAAAAACAAAGCUGCCAUUAGCUAUAAUAAUAUUAGUAUUUCAAAUAAAGUCAUUUUUUUUUUGAUAGAUUAA